UGCAGCCAUUGAACACAAAAAGAAAAGAGAGAGAGAGAGAGAGAGAGAGAGAGAGGUAGCUAAUAAUAUUUAUUUAUAAUUUCCUUUUUCUAUUUACGUUUUCAUUUCCUUGGAAAAAGACGUUAACAAUUUUUAUUCAUAACUGCAUUCAGAUUGAGAUUUCGUUACUUGUACAGGUCUCCAGUCAAGACGAAGUCCGGAUUCUCUUUAGAAUUGCUUGUUUACUGAGAUUUCUGUAAAUUCUCAAUUAGAUGAGACCUUGAGAAGCUAUGGAAUCCACUGAGAAUCGUGAUAAUGUUGAAGACAUCGAACAGAUGAAAGAAAAUAAACAAGAAAUAGAAACGAAAGUUGCAAGGAUCUUGAAACUUAUCAAGAGCAAUGGCCAAGACAAGAAAGGUAAGCUCUCAGAAGACUCGAUGAGAAUCUCAGAACUAAUUGGACUUGUUCACGACUUCCACAAACAGUAUCAGUUUCUCUAUUCACAAUAUGAUAAUCUUAGAGGAGAGAUUGGGAAAAGAGCACGUGGCCGAAAAGAAAAGGAAAAUUCUUCUUCUACACCAACCUCUGAUUCGGAGUACUACUCCUCUGAGGACAUUGAAAAUGGUGUUCCGAUAAAUAGGCAUAACAAGUCAUCAGACAGCAUUAAGGCAGAGCUUGACACCGAAGAUUUUGAGGCAUCAGCUAACUUGCAAUACAUGACAGCUUUUGGAAAAUCGCCAAAGGCGGAAAUUACCAGAAAAGAUCAGAAGAACAAAGCGCAAGAGCGAAAACGAGAAUUUUCAACCCUUGUUAAGGUGCAAGAGGUUCAUGGGAGUCAAGCAUCAGCUGAGAUAAAGGAGUUGGAAGGUCAGUUAACAAUGCUGAGAAUGGAGCUGGAAUCGUUGCACAGCUUGAAAAAUGGUCUUGAAGUGCAGAUUGAAGAGAAAGAAAAUGAAGCGAAACGACUUGUUGAGACAAAUGCACAACUUCAUACCCGAAUCUCAGAGCUUGAGUUGAUGUCAGAAGAGAAAGGAAAUAAAAUCUCUGCGAUGACCGUGCAGAUGAAAAAAGUUGAGAACAAUUUGACAUCUAGGAUACAAGUUCUGGUGACACAGGUUAAAGAUCUGCAAUUGGAGACAGAUUACUUGCGGGCAGAGCUAGCUGAAAUGGAAGGAAGUAAAAGAUAUAAAAAAUCAACUCAGGUCAAGGGCUUAAAGGACCAAUUCAAAAUCAUGCAGCAGGAAUUAGAAUCUCUUCGCAGGGAGAAAACUGAAUCGCAACUUCAACUAGACAUGAAAAUAAAAGAAACUAAUGGAAACCUGAGUCAGAUAGAAGCUCUGAAAAACGAAAUAGCAAGUAAGAACGGUCAGGAACAAGGAAUGCUAAAAGAGAAAGAAGGAUUUCUUGCGCAGAUGGAUGAUUUGAAAUUGGAAGUGAACUCCUUACAUGAUCAGAACAAUGAAUUGGAAGAGAUGAUAAGAAGUAAAAACAAAGAAGUGGAUGAGCUAAGAGAAGAAAAGGGUGGGCUACAAGAUAAAAUUUUGGAAUUGGAGAAGAAGUUGGCGGAGAGAGAAGACGAGCUUUCUAAUAAGAAAUAUGAACAUGAGGACAAUGAAGCUUAUACUCAGAUUGUGGCACUAAAAGCACAGGUUAACAGCCUACAACAGGAAUUGGAUUCCUCAGUAGCUGAGAAAAGGAAGUUGGAGGAACAAAAUGAAAGGCUAAAGCAAAAGUCUGCAGAAAACCUGAUGCAGGUUGAAAAUGAAAUUCUUAAUUUAACAAGCAAGAUUGAAGACCAACAGAAGACCCUGAAAGAAAAAGAUGAUACCAUCAAAAAGUUUUCUGAAGAGAGCAAAUUAAUCAAACACCAUUCACUAGAUUCGCAAAAACAACCAUCGAACACUGAUUCCCCUAAAUAUCGAUCAAUGUCAGCCACCGAUUCCCCCAAAUAUCGAUCAAUGGAUUCUGCCAAGUUAAAUCACAAUGUUUUCGAAAGAAAGAUCGAUGAACUUGCAGAAAAGUUCCAGAUGAAAAUGGAGAAUCAUAUCCGCCUUUUGUCUAGGAGAAUCCGAGUUGCUGAACAGCUACAUGCUGAAACUAGGGAAAGCCACAAGAAGGUACUAGAGAAGCUUGAGCAAGAAAAUAAGGAGCUUCAUGAAAAGAAAGCAGCAUGUGAAGCUGAAGCGAAGAAAAUGAAGGAUAUGCUGUUGGAAUCAGGAAGCAAUAUGCUGACAGGAUUGGAUAUAAUGAUGAAGAAAAUGGACGAGGAAAAUGGGAAGUUCUUGAGAAGAAUUUCAAGAAUCUCGAAUGAGCUUCAGGUUGCAAAGAAUUGUUUAACAGGGAAAAAGGAUGAGGUCGAGAAACUGAAUUAUAACAUGGAAACAGAAGAAGAGAGCGAGGGAGACAGGCGGAAUGCUGCAAGCAAACUAGGCAGGAAAGUGGAAGAUUUAGAGCAGAAACUGAAAGAGAGAGACGAAGGUAUGUCAAGUCUCGGUGAAGAGAAAAGGGAGGCAAUUAGGCAGCUUUGUGUAUUGAUAGAGUAUCAUCGCCACCGCUAUGAUCAUCUCAAAGAAGCAGUAUCAAAGAUGCCUAUUAGAUUCAAGAAACCAACUUAAGUGAGAUUUUGAAGCUAUUUUGUUUUAAAAUUUUAUUAAUUUAUAUAUAUAUACAUACGCUGUUGUUCAA